AUGAAGGCUGUGUGCCUCGUGGCUUUCUUGUCCCUUUCUUUAGGGGCUUCUGCUGGAUCCCAGCCGGUGGCGACAGAUGCGACCGGGACGUCUGGGAUGCAAGCCGAGUCCGAACAGUCCGAACAGUGCCAGUCUGGGAGCCUCAUCCAGCGUUCCUCCCAGAAGGCGAUGCUGCCCACGAAGGCGACGCUUGGCGAGGCCGAGGUUGCGGAGCCAGAGAUUCCACCGAACAAGAUGAACAAGAAGAUGAACAAGAAGAUGAGCAACAAGAUGAACAAAAAGAUGCAGAAGAGGGAAAAGAUGCAGAAGGAGCACGGAGAUCUCCUGGCCUUCCUCGCCCAGUCAAAGGAGUCAAAGGAGCUGGUGCCUCCAGGAGAUUCUGAAUGCACACCGACAGGAGCCCUGAGUUCUUUCUUCUCAGAUUUUUUCUCAGGAGCUCCUCUGGCGGGCGAGAGCAAGGCGAAGUUCGAGCUGCUUUUGCAAAAGGUCGCUGCCCUCGACCUGGAUGCUGUCAUCGCCCGCCUUGUCAAGAAGAAGGACUACAUGCCCAAGAUUGCUAAGAGGGCCGCCGAUGAGUACCGCAAGUUCCUGGUGUUGAUGGGCAUGGGGGAGACGCCGGUCGCGCCCAAGAUGGUCGUUGAUGCCUGGCAAGCCCACAUCAUGCCACCUGUCCUGACCAUGUUCACACAGACGUACGAGCGGGACUGCCGUGAGGUGUUUGGCCACUUGCUUGAACACGACCCCCUUGCUCAGCACUUGGAAGCCAGUCGGCUGGAGCAGAUGCAGCAGCAGAUCUGCGACUACUUCGGCAUGGUAGACCGACUUGUUUGGGAACAGCCGGCAAAGGCCGUCGGCCUCUCCCAGAGCAUGGACCCUGCUGCCACCAUGCAGCAGUGGCUUGACCACAUCAACGAGAAGUCGAUCUUCCGUGAGGACCUCAUGACGGAGGAUGUCCAUUUGAUGGUGCUUUCGCAACACAGCUCCAAUGCCACGACCUUUGAUGGCAGAAUCGAAGCUCUGUCCUUCUUCCACCAGCAUGGGCAUGCCGACAGCGCACGCGAGUUCCUUUCCGUGACCCCCGGUGCCUUUGCCAUCGAGACGACAAAGAACCUGCGCAUGGGGGCUGACGUUUUCGAGGUGAACUCGCAAGGCCAGAUCUUCGACAUCAAGAUCUGGAUGACCUCCUUGAGAAAGGACAAAGAGGACUUGAACGACGCGGGGCUAACAACUCUGGGCAACGGAUCGCAGGCGCUGGUCGAUGCCGGGGAGACAGACGUCACCUUGACCAAGGCUGCCAUGGAGUCCUGGAUGCAAAGCCUCAACGCGGAGCCGAAGGAAGAGCUUCUGGCGGACGAUGUGCGCAUGCUUCGGAUGUCGCAAAUGGACAUUGAACCCGAAAUUCAUACUGGGAAGGCUGACGUGAUGAACUUCUUCCGGGACUUCGAGCAUGCCAGCGGGGCCCGAGAGUUCCUUUCUGUGGACGGAGGUGCCUUCAUGCUCGAGCUUAAGAACGACAUGCACCCUCGCAUGGGAGUCCUGGUUUUUGAGGUGAACCCCGAUGGCAAGAUCCAGGACAUCAAGGUCUGGAUAGGUUCCCUGGAAAACGACAAGGCCGACUUGGGCGACAGCGGCCUGAGUCAGACCUUGCUCCUGUCGCAAGAAGCUGCCCUCGCGGCGAGCCCCGAGCCCACGGAGUGUUUGCGUUCCAGCAGACAGCCGUCCCUGCAGCAAACGCACAGCUUCAAGACAGCUGCCGAGAAGGUGAAAGCGCUUGACCUCAACGCUGUGGUAGCCGUUCUCGGGAAGGAUGGCUACUCGCCCAGCAAGGCAGCAAGCCUUGCGGAAGAGUACCGAAAGUACUUGACCCUGGUGGGUGCCGGCCUGAACCCUGUGCCUUCGCAGCAGGUGGAUGAUGCGUGGCAUGCCCACAUCCUGAAUACCAAGAAGUACCAGGCUGACACACGGGCGCUGUUCGGCCACGUCCUCCAUCACGAGCCGGCCAACCUUCUCCUGGACCAGCAGGGCAUGACAGCACAGAAAUCCUCCAUGGACGACAUGUUCUUACAGACCAAGAUGCAGCUCUGCGACUUCUAUGGUCGCGUCAACGAAGCCGUGUGGUCCAAGGAAGACGUCGCCCUGUGCCUUUGUGUCAACCUGGCUCCAAUCUUCAGCGCGAUGCUGCCCACGAAGGCGACGCUUGGCGAGGCCGAGGUUGCGGAGCCAGAGAUUCCACCGAACAAGAUGAACAAGAAGAUGAACAAGAAGAUGAGCAACAAGAUGAACAAAAAGAUGCAGAAGAGGGAAAAGAUGCAGAAGGAGCACGGAGAUCUCCUGGCCUUCCUCGCCCAGUCAAAGGAGUCAAAGGAGCUGGUGCCUCCAGGAGAUUCUGAAUGCACACCGACAGGAGCUCCUCUGGCGGGCGAGAGCAAGGCGAAGUUCGAGCUGCUUUUGCAAAAGGUCGCUGCCCUCGACCUGGAUGCUGUCAUCGCCCGCCUUGUCAAGAAGAAGGACUACAUGCCCAAGAUUGCAAAGAGGGCCGCCGACGAGUACCGCAAGUUCCUGGUGUUGAUGGGCAUGGGGGAGACGCCGGUCGCGCCCAAGAUGGUCGUUGAUGCCUGGCAAGCCCACAUCAUGCCACCUGUCCUGACCAUGUUCACACAGACGUACGAGCGGGACUGCCGUGAGGUGUUUGGCCACUUGCUUGAACACGACCCCCUUGCUCAGCACUUGGAAGCCAGUCGGCUGGAGCAGAUGCAGCAGCAGAUCUGCGACUACUUCGGCAUGGUAGACCGACUUGUUUGGGAACAGCCGGCAAAGGCCGUCGGCCUCUCCCAGAGCAUGGACCCUGCUGCCACCAUGCAGCAGUGGCUUGACCACAUCAACGAGAAGUCGAUCUUCCGUGAGGACCUCAUGACGGAGGAUGUCCAUUUGAUGGUGCUUUCGCAACACAGCUCCAAUGCCACGACCUUUGAUGGCAGAAUCGAAGCUCUGUCCUUCUUCCACCAGCAUGGGCAUGCCGACAGCGCACGCGAGUUCCUUUCCGUGACCCCCGGUGCCUUUGCCAUCGAGACGAUCAAGAACCUGCGCAUGGGGGCUGACGUUUUCGAGGUGAACUCGCAAGGCCAGAUCUUCGACAUCAAGAUCUGGAUGACCUCCUUGAGAAAGGACAAAGAGGACUUGAACGACGCGGGGCUAACAACUCUGGGCAACGGAUCGCAGGCGCUGGUCGAUGCCGGGGAGACAGACGUCACCUUGACCAAGGCUGCCAUGGAGUCCUGGAUGCAAAGCCUCAACGCGGAGCCGAAGGAAGAGCUUCUGGCGGACGAUGUGCGCAUGCUUCGGAUGUCGCAAAUGGACAUUGAACCCGAAAUUCAUACUGGGAAGGCUGACGUGAUGAACUUCUUCCGGGACUUCGAGCAUGCCAGCGGGGCCCGAGAGUUCCUUUCUGUGGACGGAGGUGCCUUCAUGCUCGAGCUUAAGAACGACAUGCACCCUCGCAUGGGAGUCCUGGUUUUUGAGGUGAACCCCGAUGGCAAGAUCCAGGACAUCAAGGUCUGGAUAGGUUCCCUGGAAAACGACAAGGCCGACUUGGGCGACAGCGGCCUGAGUCAGACCUUGCUCCUGUCGCAAGAAGCUGCCCUCGCGGCGAGCCCCGAGCCCACGGAGUGUUUGCGUUCCAGCAGACAGCCGUCCCUGCAGCAAACGCACAGCUUCAAGACAGCUGCCGAGAAGGUGAAAGCGCUUGACCUCAACGCUGUGGUAGCCGUUCUCGGGAAGGAUGGCUACUCGCCCAGCAAGGCAGCAAGCCUUGCGGAAGAGUACCGAAAGUACUUGACCCUGGUGGGUGCCGGCCUGAACCCUGUGCCUUCGCAGCAGGUGGAUGAUGCGUGGCAUGCCCACAUCCUGAAUACCAAGAAGUACCAGGCUGACACACGAGCGCUGUUCGGCCACGUCCUCCAUCACGAGCCGGCCAACCUUCUCCUGGACCAGCAGGGCAUGACAGCACAGAAAUCCUCCAUGGACGACAUGUUCUUACAGACCAAGAUGCAGCUCUGCGACUUCUAUGGUCGCGUCAACGAAGCCGUGUGGUCCAAGGAAGACGUCGCCCUGCAGCUGUCCGCGAGGUGUCAACCUGGCUCCAAUCUUCAGCGAUGCCGUCUGCUCAUCACGGCGAUGCUGCCCACGAAGGCGACGCUUGGCGAGGCCGAGGUUGCGGAGCCAGAGAUUCCACCGAACAAGAUGAACAAGAAGAUGAACAAGAAGAUGAGCAACAAGAUGAACAAAAAGAUGCAGAAGAGGGAAAAGAUGCAGAAGGAGCACGGAGAUCUCCUGGCCUUCCUCGCCCAGUCAAAGGAGUCAAAGGAGCUGGUGCCUCCAGGAGAUUCUGAAUGCACACCGACAGGAGCUCCUCUGGCGGGCGAGAGCAAGGCGAAGUUCGAGCUGCUUUUGCAAAAGGUCGCUGCCCUCGACCUGGAUGCUGUCAUCGCCCGCCUUGUCAAGAAGAAGGACUACAUGCCCAAGAUUGCUAAGAGGGCCGCCGACGAGUACCGCAAGUUCCUGGUGUUGAUGGGCAUGGGGGAGACGCCGGUCGCGCCCAAGAUGGUCGUUGAUGCCUGGCAAGCCCACAUCAUGCCACCUGUCCUGACCAUGUUCACACAGACGUACGAGCGGGACUGCCGUGAGGUGUUUGGCCACUUGCUUGAACACGACCCCCUUGCUCAGCACUUGGAAGCCAGUCGGCUGGAGCAGAUGCAGCAGCAGAUCUGCGACUACUUCGGCAUGGUAGACCGACUUGUUUGGGAACAGCCGGCAAAGGCCGUCGGCCUCUCCCAGAGCAUGGACCCUGCUGCCACCAUGCAGCAGUGGCUUGACCACAUCAACGAGAAGUCGAUCUUCCGUGAGGACCUCAUGACGGAGGAUGUCCAUUUGAUGGUGCUUUCGCAACACAGCUCCAAUGCCACGACCUUUGAUGGCAGAAUCGAAGCUCUGUCCUUCUUCCACCAGCAUGGGCAUGCCGACAGCGCACGCGAGUUCCUUUCCGUGACCCCCGGUGCCUUUGCCAUCGAGACGAUCAAGAACCUGCGCAUGGGGGCUGACGUUUUCGAGGUGAACUCGCAAGGCCAGAUCUUCGACAUCAAGAUCUGGAUGACCUCCUUGAGAAAGGACAAAGAGGACUUGAACGACGCGGGGCUAACAACUCUGGGCAACGGAUCGCAGGCGCUGGUCGAUGCCGGGGAGACAGACGUCACCUUGACCAAGGCUGCCAUGGAGUCCUGGAUGCAAAGCCUCAACGCGGAGCCGAAGGAAGAGCUUCUGGCGGACGAUGUGCGCAUGCUUCGGAUGUCGCAAAUGGACAUUGAACCCGAAAUUCAUACUGGGAAGGCUGACGUGAUGAACUUCUUCCGGGACUUCGAGCAUGCCAGCGGGGCCCGAGAGUUCCUUUCUGUGGACGGAGGUGCCUUCAUGCUCGAGCUUAAGAACGACAUGCACCCUCGCAUGGGAGUCCUGGUUUUUGAGGUGAACCCCGAUGGCAAGAUCCAGGACAUCAAGGUCUGGAUAGGUUCCCUGGAAAACGACAAGGCCGACUUGGGCGACAGCGGCCUGAGUCAGACCUUGCUCCUGUCGCAAGAAGCUGCCCUCGCGGCGAGCCCCGAGCCCACGGAGUGUUUGCGUUCCAGCAGACAGCCGUCCCUGCAGCAAACGCACAGCUUCAAGACAGCUGCCGAGAAGGUGAAAGCGCUUGACCUCAACGCUGUGGUAGCCGUUCUCGGGAAGGAUGGCUACUCGCCCAGCAAGGCAGCAAGCCUUGCGGAAGAGUACCGAAAGUACUUGACCCUGGUGGGUGCCGGCCUGAACCCUGUGCCUUCGCAGCAGGUGGAUGAUGCGUGGCAUGCCCACAUCCUGAAUACCAAGAAGUACCAGGCUGACACACGGGCGCUGUUCGGCCACGUCCUCCAUCACGAGCCGGCCAACCUUCUCCUGGACCAGCAGGGCAUGACAGCACAGAAAUCCUCCAUGGACGACAUGUUCUUACAGACCAAGAUGCAGCUCUGCGACUUCUAUGGUCGCGUCAACGAAGCCGUGUGGUCCAAGGAAGACGUCGCCCUGUGCCUUUGCGCCUGCGGCUGCGGCUGCGGUUGCGGCUGCAGCUGUGGCUGUUCCUGCGCUCCGAGCCCCCCACCGAGCCCGAGCCCGCCCCCGAGCAGUGGCUGCUGA